AUGGCACGAACUCAAGUCCCAACCCUUUGCCUUAAACAUAUUCUGCCCCAUUUAGAGGCAGAAGACGUUGCACGUUGCGCACAAGUUUCAAGGUUGUGGAGAAACGCCUGCUACGUUGAAUCUUUAUGGAAAAAAUUUUGUGAUCAAAGGUGGAAAUAUUGGAAGUCAAAACCCAAGAAAGCGGAUGGGUGGAGACAAGUUUUCCUCGCACGAAUGGCAACCGAUCGGUGGGCAUUCGAAAUUUUAGAUGAAUUAAGUGCCGGUGGACCAUUCUACUUGUCAAACAUGAAAAAAUUGAGACAAUUAGGAGAUAAUUGUCGUGAUAUGUUAUUAUGGGUUAUGGAUAACCCAAAUGAGACAACUCUCACUCAUUGUUAUUUUGCAAAGAGAGCUCUUCAAUUUAUUCGUCGAAGCAGUGUCAUCGAGAAAUGGAAAGCAUGGCGUAACCUUGAUUUGAAUAUCACUAAUUUAGAAGGUUUUGCAUUAAUGGCUUCAUUUUAUAACGAACGUAUUGACGUUGUGGAUAUUAUUCAUGAAAUUGACGAAUUGGCCGCUGAAUUUAAUGAAAUUUGUCAAAAAGAUCUGCCUCAAUCUCAAUUAGAAAAAUUUAAACGUUUGGCCGAAUUUUUUGGAGAAAAAUAUCCAUCUACCGCUUCCGUCCUUGAUAUAGAAACCAAAUUCUUGUAUUUGGUUACCCCACUUUUGGAGACAAAACAAAGCAAAGCUUGUGUCAUGACCGUUUUAUUUGAAGCAUUAGCUGGAAAGGUUGGAAUAAGGAAUGUGGAUGUUGUUUCCGAUCGAGAAAAAUUUACGUUUCGAAGGUAUCAUUUUGUUCGGUAUAAGGAUUUUUACCCGUCAAACCCUUUAUUGAUGGAUCAUGAUCAUAUAGAGGAAGACGAAGAAGAUAUGGACCACGAUAUAUAUCAUAUUGAUUUUCAGAAACAUUCAGAAACGGGUGUACUCACAGUUGAACAGUUUGGUAAACAUAGUUCAAAAUAUUAUGGUGCAUAUACGCCGGAAUAUAAAUACAUUCCACAGGAAAGGUUAUUCAGAUUAUUUUUGCAGGACUAUUGGCAAAGCCUAACCGCGAUUAGAGGCUAUAAUCGAGAUGUCAUUUAUGGCACAGCCUUACAAUUACAUUUUAUUAGAUCACCAGAAAUUUUAGAAUGUUCGCUUGGAGAUAUGUAUCGACUUAUGAAAUUUUGGUGGUCUUUUGUCGCGGCGAGAUAUAGAUAUCCGGAGGAUUACGAAUUAGGAAAGGUAGCAAUAUCAGAAAUUGAAAAGUAUAUAGGUACAGGAACGGUGGCCGAGGAAGGGAUGUGGCAAAGAUUAAUUGAAAAUGUGAAGUUUGAAGUUGAAAGCUUGGAAGAGGAUGAUCGUGUUGACUGGGAUUACGCUUCAGGUCAAUCAAUUCGUGGUCAGUUGGGAAAAAAGGAUCCUAAAUUUUUUGUAGGUGACGUAGUUUGUUUCAAAAAAUUUCAUAGUUUAGGUGUAAUAUGUCGCUGGGAUAGAACUUAUAAUGCUGAUAUUGCAGCAAAUGUGGCUAAAUUCGUAUGGACGGAUGUUGAGUCACAACGAAAUGAACCUUUUUAUGAAGUACUUACACAUCGAGGCUCGUUUUUAUAUUGUGGUCAAAAGACUUUAGUUAUGGAACCAUAUGAUUCAGAACGGUUAUCAAGGAUGGUGCCGUCAAACGUGUAUGGGGACCAUAUAGGAGAUGAAGCAGAUUGGGAAUUAGCUAAAGCACUUGGACCUGUAACAACCGAAUUAGUGGGUUGUUUUUUUGAACGCUGGGAUCCAGAAAGUUGUAAAUACAUUAUGAACGAAGUAACAGCAAAAUGGUUUCCAGACGGGUGA